AUGCGGUGUGAUCUUACACAUCAACAGCUAAAAGAGAAAAUGUUGAUCGCUGGAGUGAUUAUGUUUUUUGUUACUACAUAUUUGACUCACAUUGCGAGUUUUGUAUUUCACACAUUUCAAGCUUAUGCAAGUAAAAAAGAAAUGAUAACGUUCUACCUAUAUGAAUUCCAUAUGUUCGAAGAUAUCAUGGCUCUGCUUCUUCUUAUGCAGGUUGCUUCUUUUGUUAUUCAACUACAUUCUGCGUUUAAACAAAUGAAUAACCGCCUUGGAGAAGUCCUUCACAUGCAGGAGCUAAUCACCAGAAAAUCUCUACGUGAUAUUUCUAAUUCUUACGUUCGGUUAUGCUUCGUGGCGAGAAAUUUUAAUGAAGAAAACGGAUUUAUGAUUUUCGUCACGUUUACGUCUAUAGUAACGUCCAUAUUUAUCAACAGUUACUUCUUGAUAUUAAUCUUAUGCGUAUCAGACGGCGCAGUGAAUCAAUUGUUCACAAUAUUUUUGAUAACUAUCAGAAAUCGUGAAGAAAUGACUGGAGGACGCACUAAAUGUACUGCUUUGAUAAACCAAGUUUUAUAUCCAUAUUCAAUGGUACUUGUGCAAAAGGAUUUGAAGAAUGAAGUUCCGUUCUCCAUCGCUACCGAUGCUUCUAAUAAAAGGAAACAGAAAAUUCUUUCCAGUUGCGAUUCAAUAUUUUUACCAAAAGACGGUAUUUGUCAUAAAAUUUUGGACUUUUACGAAGACUCAUUCGAAGAUUGA